AUGCGCCGGCCGUCUUCUCCGGCGCCGGCGACGGCCAUCCCUCGUCCGCUGUCCUCAACAGUGAGGGAGAGAGAAAAGCAGUCGAAGAGAAGCAAGAUGUAGAGGAGGAAGACGACGGAGGAGCGGUGCCGAUCAGGUGUAGAGGCGGCGGAAGAUGUCGUUCUGCACGACGAAGCCCCCUUGCGGGGUCGGGACCAACUGGAACAUCUGCAACGAGAGGGAGGAGAGACCGCCAUUAAUGGCGAUGGGGGAAGCUCGGCGGGUGGGAGAAGGAGAGAGGUGGAGAACCUGGCUGAACCGGAGCGGUGCUCCUCGCCAGGGAGCUCGAGGCUGCCGCUAACGAAGACGAGGAUGCCCCCGGUGGGCGGCGACGGCUGGCAGUCCACCGUCGAGACGCGGUGGCGGUACCGGUCAAAGGGCGGUGCCGCCGCAAGCCGCCGGGCGAUCGCCUCCGCGCCGAACUCCGGCUGGCCUUCGAAGGACAGCAGGGAGGUAGAAUCGUAGAGCCCGGCCAGCGACGGGCUGCUGGUGUCCAACAGGUGGUAAUAGUGUUCCACGAAGGCCAUCGCCACCGCCUCCCACCGCCGCUCCUCCGCCGCAGCAACGUCCAUCCCUCCGCCGCCGCCACCGCCGCCGCCGCCGCCCGCCGCCCGCCGCCGAUGGUGGUGCUUUUAUAGUGGACCGUUGCCGCCACCGCCGCGGCGAGAUUACGCAAGGAAUCCCACGGCCAUAAAGGGGACUCAUUAUUCUCCACCCGCCAGUGAGGGAAAAAAGACAAUUUUUUCGGCUUUGUGA